AUGAGUCUAUUUUCGACGUAUCAUAUAAUAGAUGCUGAACAAAUAAUUAAAGCCAAUAUCCGUCCUAAUCACAUUCAGGAAGAUAUUGAUAGUUUAUUGUAUGUAUUAUUCCCUGUUACAUAUAUAGUUAAAGCAGAUUUACAAAAAGUCACAGGUCUUCAUCCAAAUAUUAUACAAAAACUUAAUACAAAAUCUCAUGCAUUAGGUUUAUUGCAACAUUUUGGUUAUAUAUUGGAUCAAAGAGGUAAUUAUACUUAUCAAUCAACUAAUGUAGAUCGUGAAGUAACACGUCGUCAAAAUGCUACUAAUGAAUUUAGAAGAUUUUAUAAUGAUUUAAAAAGAAUUAAAGAUGGCUCUUUCAAUGGUUUUGAAGAGUAUAUUAGAAAUUACAGCGAACGUCCAAUAUCAGCUUAUUCUGUUCGUAGUACAAAUGAUGAACAACAGCAACGACAAUCGACUUCAAGUCCAUCUUUUCGUUCAAAAUCACCACCAUUAUCAAAUGCUUCAACAGUUAAAGCAGGCAAUGAAAAAAUGUUGGAAAAAAUUAAAUCAUUCAAGGAAAGCAUUAUACUAAGACAUGGUGGACGACCUGCACAUAGUUUUAUUCGUCGAAAAUUAUUACUUUUUUUAUAUAAACAAAAAUAUCCUUACUCACUUGAAUUUGAUGAUGAUUUGAUUGAUAGUGAAAUUGAUCAACGUAUACAUCAAUUAAAACAGAAAGAUAGAGUUCGUGAUUCAUCUUGUGGUGAUGAAGUUUAUUAUGAAUGUUUAAUUCGUGCAAAUCUUGAUGAUGAUAUUGCACUCGAAAUACUACGUCAUAAUCGACCAAACUUAAAACCACCUCCUGAACCAGAAAUUUCACGAACACCAACAACAACAACAAUGGGUCGUAGUAUACGUCCUUUACAACAACAAUGGGAAUUACUUAAUAAAGAUACAGAAGAAAAUACAGCUCCUCAAAUGUUAUUACAUGAAGGCGAUGAAUGGAAAAAUACAACACAUAUUGUAACAGCUAUUAUCAAACUUCGACAACAAUAUAAUACUCAAGAUGUUGAUGACAAUCUUUUUUCUAAAAUGUAUCGAUUGAUCUAUAGUGAACUUUCACAUAUUAUUGGCCAACAAUUUGGAUUAAAAAUUGAACUAUUUUCAUAUGCUUUAUGCAAAGUAUCAGUUGCUAGUCUUGAACAUAUUAGUAUAGCUGAUAUUAAAGAUAUAUGUUCAAUCAAAGAUACAGCAAUUCAUGAAAAUUUUCAAGAUAAUGCUAUUAAAUUUCUAUCAAUGGAGUGUCCAGUAUGUUGUGAUUCUUUUCCACGUAGUCGAAUGGAGACAAUGUAUUUAUGUAAUCAUAUGUGUUGUUUAACUUGUGCUCAAGACUAUUAUCGAAAUGCAAUUCAAGAAAUUCGAGAUCCUCAAGCGUUAAAAAAACUAACUUGUUUUCAAGAAGAAAUUGAAAUUUCCGACGAUGUUAAAUUAAAUUUUUUCCAAUAUUUAGGAUCAAAAUUAAAUCAAUGGUUUACUGAUGAAAGACUUGUUCUUGAUAAAUAUCAUGAAAAUCUAUUUAUAGCAACACGAGAUUCACAAAUUAAAAAAUGUGGUAAUCCACGAUGUACUAGUUUUUUUAAUCUUAUUAAUAAUAAUAAUCGAAUUGCUCGUGCUCAAUGUCCUCAUUGUCAGUUUCAACAAUGCCAACAAUGUUGUCGAAAAUGGUUCAAUGAACAUAAUGAACAGACUUGUGAACAAUAUGCUGAUUGGUUGACAGAUAAUGAUCCAGAUGAUCCUGAAGUACAACUUACAAAAUAUUUAAAUACAGCCGGUAUGGUUUGUCCUAAUGAUCAAUGUAAAGCUAUUUAUGAAUAUAAACCUGGUGGGUGUGAACAUUUCUUAUGUGUUCGAUGUAAGACGGAAUUUUGUCGAAUAUGUUCAGCAUUGUUCUACAAUCCGGAAAAUAACACAGUAACGAAUAUGGUUUGUCCUCGAGCAGAUUGUGUAUUGAAAAAGACGCUACAUGCUCAUUGUUGUUUGAAUUGUUAUCGUGAAAUUCGUGAUGAGGCUCAAGUGGAUGUGAUUGUUCAAUUAUUGACUAAUCAUAAUAUAAAUGUUUCGGAAGAAGUUCAACAAAAACCACAGGCAACUGGUCUUAAAUGUCCAGUGGAAGGUUGUAAAAAUGCACCUUCAAUGGCAUCUGACAAUCGAUUUUGCGAACGAUGUUACAAAGAAUUUCUAUGCUUACUUCUGUGGCGUAAUGAAAUAGAACCUUGGGAACUGUAUGAUGAUGGUUAUUUACGUCGAAAACUGACUGCUAUUGGAGUUGUUGUAGCUGCAGAUGCAACAAAAGAUAUUUUAAUCCAACGUGCUGAUCGUAUGUUUUACAGUGAAGCUAGUCGACGGAUGAAUAAUCCAAAAGAUUAUACUGUUGAUAAUGCUCAUGAUCAAGUACAAGCUAUUCGUCUGAUGCAUUAUGCUUCAGAAGACGAAUACGAUCUUCAUCGUCUUAUGGAAAACUAUAGAACGUUUGAUGAUGCAUUUUCUUAUCUACAAAGUCUUAGAAGACAACGGGCAAAACCUUUGUCAUCAAUUAUUAGACCAAUUAAUAACGAUGAUAAUGGUCCAAUGGGUAGUCCGUCUUCACCUGCUGGUUCUGACAACAAUCCGCAGGCGUAUAACAGAACUUCAUCAUCAUCAAAUCGCCCAUCAUCACCAUACACUCGUAGACCAGGAAGCAGCCGAGGCGGUGGGCAAACUAGUCAAGGAGAUAAUUCACCAUCGGAAUAUUUUAACAAACCACCAAACAACAGAAAUGGCGGGUCAUAA